AUGGCUAGCGACAAGCGUCCGAUUCUCUCCGGCAAGCGCAUCCGCAACCGCAGGAAACGCGCCGCGCUGCGCGCCGCCAACCGAUCCAACGCAUCUCCAACACCCGAGUGCGACAGUGACGAUGACGCUAAGCAGAAGCAGCAAGAGCAGCACUAUGGGUCCCGCGACGACUCCACCAGCAGCGACAAGACCGCGUCGCAGAGCGAAAACGAGGAGGGGAUUGACCCCAGCCUCGUAUUCGUGUGCCGCCCCACGAUGCCUGACUUCUGCACCGUUUUCCAACCGCGAGGCGAGGAUCCGAAGUCCAACCGCUCGUGUGCAAGUGCAGCAGACUGUAAGACAUUUACUGUGCAUGUCCCGACAUUCCAGGAGACGUGUGAGGGUUACGUUACCUACACACUGGAACUUAUAACAUGUGACGCCCAACGCCAAACUUUCCAGGUCGAACGUCGCUUUUCCGAGUUUGUUGCGUGCGCGGUCGAGAUUAACAAGCAACUUGCCAGCGGCUUUGCUGCUCGCUGCUGCGCGUUACUGGAAGAUGAGGAGAGCAAGGUAGAGGACGCUGAGAAAUUCCAAUGGGAGCUACCGGCGAAAACCUGGUUCCGAAUGACGCAGACGCAUGCCCUCGAGGAGCGUCGAGCAGAGCUCCAGCGGUCUUUGGAGACGCUGUUGCUACAGCAAAAUCGUCGAAUGUGCAACCUGCCGGUCAUUCGUGACUUCCUCAUGCUUGACAUCUUUGGCGUGCAGGUGGCAGAACACAAGAAUCUUGAGGCCGCUGCGCAUUUCGAAUGA